CUCUCAACUCGCGGCAGACAUUUUCAAUGCAAGCUUUUUUUCUUGCAUAAAUUAUGUUCAUGACGUAGUGGCAAAAAGGGCACAUUUCUGCCGAUUCUCACCGACUUUGUGCCUCACAUGGGACCUUGUGAGGCGCCUGGAGGCAUUUUUUGGGGGGUGGGGGGGAUGUGCCCAAGUGUUGGCAUCGCGGCGAGGCGAGACGAGAGGCCAAGAUCCCCCAAAACAUUGCAGCUCUCCUUUUUAUCAAUGCAAAUGGCUUUUGUGUGUGCAGCCACUGCGCCUGUCUGGGAGCUGACAUGCAUUUUUAAUUAGCUGCGACUGAACCAAACUGUGACAAGGACCCUAUAGGAGCGGAGGAUAGAAGUGGUGCAGCCAAGCCAUGAAGUCCCAGGACCUUCCUGACACAGAUGCCCCGCUUGCUGUCAACGAGCAGGCUUCUUUGUCCUCCUUUAGCUGUUCACUGUCUGAGCGCAGAAGUCUUUUUUCAGCCAUUUAAAACCUGCCCUUUGAAAUUUCCUGCCAGAGGCAACCAGGUCAUCGUGAUGUCUCGCCAUGAGACGAUACGAGUGCUAGAGGUUGAGGUUGAUGCAACUCUGUCUUCAUCGAUACCUGAAGGGAAGAAGAGUGAGGGAAAAACAGAGGAGGGAGGGGCUCAACCUGAGAGUAGUCGCCCACGGGACAACCAUGCUGGGGGAGUCUUCGCUGGCAAACAGCAAGCGACAUCCGGAGAGGUGCCAGCCCCCACCGUCCAAACCCUCACUCCGACUGUGCCCAUCAGUGUAUCCUUGCCGCAGCCUCCUGCGGCCACUGUGCCCAUCACAGUACAAGGUUGUCCGCAGGUUCUGUCCCAAGAAAGUCUGGCCACUCUGAUGACGGGCAUGUUGGCCCAGACAGGCUCUGUAGCCCAGCCCUUGCUCAUCCCCAUCAGUAUGGCGGGGCCCAUUGGUGGCCAGGGGGGUCUGGCUGUUCUCACCCUGCCUACUACCAAUGUAGCUACUCUGUCUGGACUCUCCGCCUCCGCCUCGCAGCCCACAAACCUCCUUAAGAUGCCCUUCGCUGGCCUUCAAGGUGCAAUGGUUCUGAAUUCAAUUCAGCCUCAGCUACAAACCAGCACACAGGCUGUGUUCCAGCCUCCAGCAGGUUCCAUACAGCCGGUGCACACACCAUUGCAACAGCCUUGCAGCGGCUUGAUGUCUCAGUCGACCCCAGCCGCUGUCAUCUCUGCUGCGCAAGAGGCAGUGGCUCAAGCCACUCCAGCAGCAACUGUGGCCGCUCAGUCCAACAUAUCAGUGGCUGCGCUGCAGACAGCAGGACUCUCCAUCAAUCCCGCACUUAUCAAUGCUGCAUCACUGGGAGCGCAGACCCAGUUUCUCAGUUCCCUCACGUCCAGUCCCAUCAUCACCAACGCCAUGUCCAACAUGGCCGCCAUCACCAGCCAGAUCCUUACAACCACACAGGGACAGGUGAUAGGUACUCUUCCUUUGUUGGUAAACCCAGCUUCUUUGGCUGGGGGGGCUGCCACUCCAACCCUCCCCCUCCAGGGACUGCAGGUUCAGACAGUCACCCCACAGUUGCUCCUUAACACACAGGGCCAAAUCUUUGCCACGGUCGGGAAUGGAGCUGCCUCGGUCGCAGCAUCUGCUGCUGUUCUGCCCAAAGCUGCUGUCUCACCCACACCUUGCAAACCAAGCCCCCAGGCGCCGGCAACAGCUGCCACCCAGUUGCCAGUUGUCAUCGCCCCACAGCCGUCAGUCCUCAAGAGCACCACCUCGCCAUCCUCAUCGCUCCCUAUCACCUGUGGCGAUAUGGCAAAAGUGGGCCAGCUUGUCAGUAAGCCCCAUCAGGCCGCCAGCAGUGAGGAGGGCAUCAAUCUGGAAGAAAUACGAGAGUUUGCCAAGAAUUUCAAAAUCCGGCGGCUUUCGUUGGGACUGACGCAGACUCAAGUGGGACAGGCUCUGACUGCCACAGAGGGCCCAGCCUACAGCCAGUCUGCCAUUUGCAGGUUUGAAAAGCUGGAUAUUACCCCGAAGAGUGCCCAGAAGUUGAAGCCGGUGCUGGAGAAGUGGCUUGCCGAAGCCGAGCACUGGAACCAGAAGGGCCAACAGAACCUGAUGGAGUUUGUCGGCGGCGAGCCGUCAAAAAAACGCAAGCGGCGCACCAGUUUCACGCCUCAAGCAAUCGAGGUCCUCAACUCCUACUUUGAGAAGAACUCCCUGCCGACAGGCCAGGAGAUCACAGAAAUUGCAAAGGAGCUGAACUAUGACCGGGAGGUGGUGCGGGUUUGGUUUUGCAACCGGCGACAAACGCUGAAAAACACGAGCAAAAUUAACAUUUUCCAGGUCCAGUAGAAAAUGGAAUUUUGUAGACUUUGCUGUAAAUACGAGAACAUGAAGGAAGUUACACACUCUAAGAUUCAAUGCAAGUACAGUACUAAAGUGAGUCCUUUAGUUCUAAGACUGAGUGUAUGUGUGCAUGGUUCCUCCUCCUAAUAAUAACAUACACACAGGUAAGUCAUACAAAUUUGUUAAGUGGCAUUUUUGUUCAUAUUUGACUACAGUGGAACCUCUAACGUGGAACACACAAUGGUCUUUUCUGGCAAAAAGGCCUCCAGAAGUUGUACAAAAUGUCAAACUUUGAAUGCAAGAUGUUAUCACAGGACCUCAGUUCAGCAUGUAUUAAAGCAUUAACUGCGUACAGUAUUUUUCUUUUUCAUUUUGGGGUUAUUUGGCAAAAAGACUUAAGUGUCAUUACUUGGUAUCAAAGACAGGGCUGUUGUUUUACGGUUGACAACUUAUUUUUACACUUGACAGUUAAGAUUGUAAACAGUUCCUUUAAAAAAUGUUGAUGCAGUGAAUAAUGGUAUUUUCACAGUGGCAGUUUGACCCUCGGAAAAAUUGGUUCAAAUUGGAGGGACUUUAGAGGUUCCACUGUAACAUGUUUAUUGCCAUAAUGAACACUUCCAUUAGCUGCUCAUCUACUGAGCCACAACUCAAUCCUGCAACAGGUCAGGGACAAUCUUUUGUUUGAUAUUUCUUGAUAAUCAUAAAAGUUGAAGGUAGUUAACUGUAUUGGAUCUUUAUACUUUCAUACUAGCCGUUGUUGAUGUUUGAAGUUGUUACAAGUCCUCGCUUUUAUAACGUAAUUGUUGGCUAUUCCAUAUAUGGCCACUAAUGCAAGCAUAGUGUUUUAAUUCAAUAAGUCAUGAUUUAAUCGCAAUCUAUUGCUGUU